ACAAAUAACUCAAGUAUGAGAAAGAAAUUAAUGAUAAAUUCCAUUAAUUGGGAUUUUUAUGUUCUAUAAAUUAUAAAUUUUAAUUUUUACCUUCAUUACCUUUAGUUUAAUAAUAGUCGAAGCGAAGAAGAAAUAUUAUAAGUCGGCAAUGGAAAUAAUCACCUGAAACUGACUAAUAUUGGUAUUUCUUCAUAUUACACUUGAUUUCAAAAUGAACAUGUUUGGUAAAAACCUACGCCUUAUUUUCUAUAUUAAAAGUUUAGGUAGAAAGGUUAACUAUAGUACAAUAGACGCUAUAGAUACAUUCUCCUAUAUGAGCAGACACCUCAAUAAAGGAGAUACUAUAAUGCCUAGAUUUCCACAAAACAUGCAUAACGAUUUCACUAACAAUGAUGGAUAUAUAAGAACUUAUAAUACCGAUCUGUCUAAAUUGUCUGGAAUUGAUUUAGACAACAUUCUAUUAGAACUAGAACAUCAAAACAAAGAUAAAGAAGUAAUAAAAUUUAUCAAGGAAUGUUUUGAAUAUAAAAUAACUAUUGGAAAAGAUGUGAUUAAGAAACUAUUUAGAGUGUACAGUACAAGACCUAAAGUUGAACUUGUAGAACUUUUACAAAACUACUGUUCUAGGAUCACACCUGUUUUGUAUAAGAAAAAUGGAGAAUUUGUCCAUUAUGUUGCAAAAGCUCAAUGUAUGAAAGGUAAUUCUGAUAAAGGACUGUCUAUUUUACUUGAUGCCUAUAAAAAAAAUGAAAAUCUAAGAGGGUUUUACAGAAUAAUUUUAAAGGAUCUAAUUCAGGACUCAGUUAUGAACAGAUCAGAAGCGUCCCUUGUUAUUUUUAAAAGAUAUGUAUUAGAAUUUAGUAAUAAAUGGCAAGACAAUUAUCCAUUGAUCUGUCUUUGGCAUAUUUGCUGGAAAAGUGAUUGGUUCUCUGAUCAAAUGUUAGCUGAUGAAUUAUUGGAGACCUCUAAGACUCUCCAACGUAUUAUAGCAGACAUCUCACCUACCAUUUGUCUUAGUAUUUUAAAAGAACACAAUGAAGACGCAGUUACAAGACUCAUGCAGUCUCUAUUGAAGUACAAAAUGAUGGAUCAGUAUGCUAAUGUAAUACAAAUUCUAUUUAACUUUAAGCUAAGAUACAAAGAUGUAAGAGGCUGCACAGAAAUCCUACGGAAUUGUGAGGUGCUUGGAGUUUCCAUACCAUCAUACCAGCAGAGCCAGUUCAUCAAAGUUAUGAUUAGAAAGGAAGGUGACAAGACAAUUCCUACUAAGGUUGAGGACUUUAAAUUUAAAUUUUAGUUUGAAGUAAGCCAACAAGUCUGUAAAGUUUGCUCGCUACAUGAGUGUGACAUUGAAUUUCAUAAAAUCAACAUUUUAAAACCGUACAAAGUGUGGUUUAUAAUAUAUCAGUAUUUUGUGAUAAUCUAACUGUAUGAAAGUUUUGAGCUAUAUACACGACACAUAUAUACAUAGUACUAUAAUAUAUAUCAUGUCACAUUUCAAAGACAGUUGAAUUAUAAAGCAUAUUAAUUUAUAUGAGUGAUUUGAGCAAAGAACAGACAAACUUUUUGCAUGUUUAUGAGUAAUACCGUAAUGUGUACAACCAAUUGUGACAUGAUGAAGUAUAUAUCAUAAAAUUCUUCAUAGAUAAUUUUAAUAGAGAAAUCAAGUAUUCUAUAUUCAUGUUUUAGACUUUACAAUAUGUUUGUAUUAAAUUUUUUCUUAAUAACAAUAAUAAGGACUAAAAAUUGUUAUUUGUAUAACAGUAAAAGCAUAAUAUGUUUUACAUCCUCAGGAUUGUAUCAUGUAAGACUUAAUAGUAAUUCUGUAAAUAAAGAAGUUUUAAUAUGUAUUGUACAUAUUGUCUGU